CAGCACAUCACUGAAAUUCGAUCUUCUAACAACUAACAUACACUUUCUAUAGCCUGUCUUAUCAGCCAUCUAGUCUCGAGCGCCAAGACAACUUUAAUAAUGUCGGCACCUCACAUAAUUGCAGAAGCACGGCUGUCCGCCUCCACCAUCUCUUUCACAGACGGUCCCAGUCCAAACCUCAUCAUAUCUCUCAGGUUGGAAGGUACAGACAAACCAAUCAGUAUAGCCAAACCGUUUCUGCCACAGCUAUUCAUCGCCACAAACGCAGUCGUUCUCUACGACACGGCUACUCAGAAGCCGAUCGCCACACCAACCCUCGACAUUAACUGGCGGUCAGCACCUCCGCUGAAAUUGGUGCCUGAAAUGGCGGACAAGUUUGUCACACUAGAGCCAGGUCAGAGCUGCGGAAUUAUUGAAGUUUCCUUCGACCCAUUGGGAGUUCAGAGGAGAGGCGAAGAGGCUACGGUUACUGACUCGAAGCUGGCGAAGUACGCCGGAGGGACGCUGGGCAUGCAUUUGCUCGAGUCGAAGAAGGAUUAUACCUUGGGCGUCCGGGAUGACUUGCAUGUCCACUGUUGGAUGGAAGGUAGGGCUAAGGAUUUGAUAGAAGCAGCAGCAGAGUGGCGGCCAUGUGGCGCAGACAUCAAAGUGUUGCCCGCCGAGAGCUUUCAUUUUCAAGUACGGGAAUAACUGGGUAUGAAUACAAAGAGACUUAAAUGUAUAGCAACGAAGAAAAUAUCAUAAUCUUAUUUGGUAUGUUGGUUAAAUGA